AUGUUUCAGGAAGCAUGUGGAGACCUGUGUGACAUAUCUCAACCGUCUGCAAGUUGCAUUAUUAAGCGCGUAUCUGAGGCCAUUGCUGGACUAAAAAAACAUUAUAUUCAAUUUCCUACUGCUGAUAUACCACCACCAAUUAAACUUGAUUUCUGGAGAAUAUGCGCAUUUCCUAACGUUGUUGGGACGAUUGAUUGUACGCAUAUAAAAAUUCCAUGCCCAGGAGGUGCAAACGCAAAAUUGUUUAGAAAUCGGAAGGGUUUUUUCUCAGUGAAUGUCCAAGCAGUUUCCGGCCCAAAUCUAGAAAUACAAAACAUUGUUGUACGGUGGGCGGGCAGCGUGCGCGACUCAAGAAUAUCUGAGAACAGUCGUUUGUGUGCGCAGUUUGAGCGUAGCGACAUCCAAGGCAAGCUUUUUGGUGAUAAUGGCUAUUCUUGUCCACCAUACUUGAUGACACCUCACACCUCUAGUGGACCCAUAGACUCCCCCCGAACUUAG